UCCUGUUGCUGAUGAAAGUUAGCUUGACGCUAACCGGCUAAACAGGUACUGGACAUCUCUGGAGGUUUUCACAGUAGUUACUUCAUUUGCUAGACAUUCAAAGUCGAAAGUCCACAGCUGGUCUGGCAGCAGUUUGCGACACAUCACUUCGAACAUGACUAAGCACGAGUUUGAGGUGGCGAUGACGUGUGAGGGAUGCUCAGGAGCUGUUACCAGAGUCCUCAACAAACUGGGAGACGUGAAGUUUGAAAUCGACCUGCCUAAGAAACUGGUUUGGAUCGAGUCUGACAAAGAUGUUCAGGUUCUUAUGGACACACUGAAGAAAUGUGGGAAGGAGGUCAAGUACAACGGCACUAAAUGAAGGAGUCUGCUUCUGCUCAUGUAGAACAGGAAAUGAUUGCUGCUGGCGCAAAGUGAACAUUUAUACUGGAUUCAAGUUCUUCGCCUGCCAGGAAGAGUCUGAUGUACCCCCCUUCCCCAUACACACACACAUGGUGCCAACUCUCUCUCUCAGCUUAAACGCACAAAAAAACCCUUGGAUGCAGAUCGUCUUUCAGUGUUGUGAUUUACAAGAUCAGAACUGCCGUAUGUGUUUGAGCAAUGACAACAAAACCCAUCUUGAUGAUGCUAGUGCUUGUCCAGCACUAUAUUUGACAUCCUUCAGUUUCUUUGUUGUUUUUCCUCCAACACAGCGGCCUGGCCUGAAUAAUUACUAGAAGUAUUCUUCCAACAUACCUCUGGCUGAAAUCACAGCCUUCCUGCUUCCUGGCCUGUAUAGUAUAAAAAUUAUGUUUGUAACUUUCUUUCCUGUUUGUAUAAGAGUUCACCUUAAAACAGCAAAAACAAGGCACUAACACAUGUCCUCUGACACAUUUGAAGUACAUUCCCUGGAUUGUAAAACAUGCCACAAAUUGUUUACUCUUUGUCGAAACACUCAGUAUUGUUGCAUAAGAUGUUUGUAGAUCUGCACCAAGGGGGGAAAUCAGUCUCUUCCCUUCUCGAACAUCUGCUGGACUUUAAUUUGUAAAACUGCUUCCUCUUUGCUUAAUCACGGUUUACACUACUAUGAUCGACUAACACCAUUAGUCAAAUAAAUCAUGUUAAUUGAGAUUUUAGUUCACUCUUUUGUGUUACUUUAAGAAAAAAGACCACCAUCUUCUCCUGGGUUUUUUGUAAUUAUCUGUCUUUAUAUAUGUUGAGUGUAAAUGGGAAAUACAAUUAAAUCAGUUCUGACUCAG